AUGGAGACGCCGGCUGAGGCCGUGAAUAUGGUGGGGCGAAGCGCGUCGCCUGCGUCGACACCCGCGAAAAGAUCGACACGCGUCGUGAGGCCAAGCACCAAAAUUCGAGAAGCCGCGCGACAGCCCGACGAUCUGGCGGAGAAGACAACACGCGCAACUAGGCUUGCAACGCGCAUUGCCUCGGACGAUGUCGCCAUCAGUGACGCGACUGAGCGGCGCAAAGUUGCCAGCAGCAGCGGUGGCGCGAACGAAGGCCGAGCCAUGCUCCAGAAAGUUCUCGAACUCUUGAGCGAGUCACGUCAAGAAACGCAGAAGCUCAGCCGAGCGAUAGAUGCGCAAAACGAGAUCAUAUCCAAGCAACAGCAGAUGAUCCAGGAAAUGGAUCAACAAGGGAAAGAGAUGAGAGAUGAGCUUCGUCACAUCCGAGCGCAGUUAGAGACCCUGGCUACGCCCGCAUCUUCUCUGCAGAGCAGUCCGCAGAUGUCGUAUGCGAGCGCUGCAGGGUCAUCGCCGACGAUCCAGACAAUGAACCGGGUCGAAGAAGCGAACAGGUGCCAGACGCAGAUCGGCAACAUCCGAAAGGCCAUAGAGAGCGACAUGAGAAAGAGUCAGAGGCAGGAGACUUGGAAAUGCGCAGCGGUCGUGACAGACGCUCGAAACCCCGACCGGAUCAAAAUUUUAUGCAGAGACCAAACCGAGUUGAAGCAGGUCAAGGAAGCAGCGCAGAAGACGGUAACUUCGGGAGCCAGGGUACUGAGAGAUCAGCUUUACCCUGUCAAAGUCGACAACACCAAGCGUACCGCAGUGCUGGACGCCGAAGGCAACGUUCUGCCUGGCGCAGCUGAGGCGCUCGGAGCCGAGAAUUACGUCACGAUUGCCAAGAUCACCUGGCUUAGCAACAGAGAGAAAGCCAAAGCGUACGGGUCAAUGGUGAUCUAUGUGUGGCUCUUGAUUGCCAUCAUGGCAGAGCCUGAAGUGGCGCCUCCGGCCGACGUGGGGGCGGGGCUGGAUCCAACUAGCCCGUCGCCAUUGACGCGUCCGACGCGAGUGAGGACGCCCAGCGCACGAGUGCAGGAUACGUUACGAUCGUUGGAAAGUGCGACCGCGAGAGCUCCCAAGCGUGUCUCGACCCGAACGACGCGAGUCAUAUCGGUGGGCAACGAAAGCGAAAGAGGCGACGAGGUGAAGUCACGCAGCAAUGUGGAGACCGCCAAAUCGAUGAUGCAAAGGGUUCUAGAGAUGCUGGCGAAGAUGGGAAGCGAGAUGGUGGAGCUGAAACAUCGAGUAUCCGAGCAAAGCGACACGAUCAGGAAGCUGAGCGCCACGGUGUACAAGCAAAGCACCACCAUCCAGGGACAGGAAGAUCUGAUCCGAGGCUUGGAAGCCCAGGUCCAGGAAUCCAAGGAAGAGUUUCGACAGCAACUAGAUCAGCUGAUGCAAAAGCUGGAUGUAUCGGGCGAGGUGGCUUUGCCAAGCGGCCCUCGAGCAACGUUUGCGGACGUCGCGCGCGCCCUGCCAAACAGCCCGCCCUCCAGUACACGCAGCAUACCUGGUCCAACCAAACAGCAGACAGCCAACGAUUCUGUCCAUUGUACCAUUGACACGUCUCGUGUAAGUGAGCCGAACAGGAACAAAGCGCAAAUCGGGCAGAUACGACAGGCCAUCGAGGUUGAGAUGAGAGCGAAGAACGGACAUGAGACCUGGAGAGAUGAAGCCGAGCUUCAGCUGGUCAAAGAGGCGGCGCAGAAGACAGCCGUGGAGGGAGCGCGAAUCAUGAGAGACCAGCUGUAUCCGGCCCGGGUCGACAACGCCAACCGGACAGCAAUCCUCGACACGGAGGGCAAUAUCCUACCCGGAGCGAUCGAAGCCUUGAGUGCCGAAAACAGAGUGACCAUUGGCAAGAUUUCCUGGCUGAGCAAACGAGAGUCUGCGAUGCUUGAGUCCCUCCGCAUCCUACAGCUGAAUGCACACAAGAGUGAUGUGGUGCAGCAGAGUCUGAUGAACGACGAAGACCUGAAGGAUUUUGCCGCACUGGCUAUAUCUGAGCCACAUGCGCGCAAUAUCGACGGAAAGGUGGUGACGAGUCCUAUGGGACACCAUAACUGGACAAAGAUGAUUCCGACGUGUGUUCGUGACGCCCUAUGGCCGAUCCGCAGCAUGCUCUGGAUCCGAAGUGACCUUGAGGCGGAGCAAGUGCCUGUGCCGUCGGCCGAUCUCACAGCAGCGAGGUCGGACGAGGAGAGCACCAUCGACUUGGUGUUGGCAUCGGCGGAACUGGCGGACGAGUUGACAUCCUGCGUGAUUCAUCCAACAGAGCACGGAUCAGACCAUAGAGCGAUCCAGACGACCUUCGACAUUCGAGUGCCGGAACGUACCUUUCCGCAGCGCCUGAUGCUCAAGAACGCGCCGUGGAUCGCCAUCGCAACCAGGGUCGAGGACGAGCUUCGGCCUCUUCCGUGGACUCCGCCGCCAUACGCGAAGCGAUGGUGGACAAAGGACCUGACGCAACUCCGUCGGACGUACACGUAUUGGCGCAAUCAAGCAAGGGCGCAGCGAAGAGCCGGUCAAUCGCGGCCGGAUCUGGAGCAGCGCGCCAAGGAGGCUGCGAAGGAGAGCAACAUAUGGAGGGCUGCCAAGUAUCUGAAGCCUGCCGAGGAACUCCUGAGCACCUUCUUUCCGCCUCUGCCAACGAGGAUCGAGCCGGAGGGUGAACGUCCGCAGAGACAAGAAAUAGCCAUGCCAGACCUCACCUUGCAAGAGAUUGAGGAGAAGGUGAUGGCGGCGAAGCCCUGGAAAGCGCCUGGUGAGGAUGGCCUUCCUGCGAUCGUGUGGAAGAAGCUCUGGCACGUGGUCAAGCACCGGAUCAUUCCCCUGAGGAAACCAGAUAAAGGGGAUUACACCUUGGCCAAGGCGUGGCGACCGAUUUCUCUCCUGUCAACGCUUGGCAAAAUCCUGGAAGCAGUCGUUGCGGAACGUAUCAGCUAUGCAGCAGAGGCUCAAGGGCUUUUGCCCGCGAACCACUUUGGUGCACGGAAGCGCAGGUCCGCAGAUCAAGCACUUGUGCUUCUACAGGAGCGGAUCUACAAGGCCUGGAGAACGGGCAGAGUGCUCAGCCUCAUCAGCUUUGACGUCAAAGGCGCAUACAACGGAGUGUGCAAAGAGCGAAUGCUCGAAAGGAUGAAAGCCCGAGGCAUCCCGAGUCGUCUGGUCAAGUGGAUAGACGCAUUCUGCUCGGGACGGACCGCGUCGGUGGUUGUCAACGGGCACACAUCCGAGCAACAAACCCUGCUGCAGGCCGGCCUACCCCAGGGAUCCCCUCUGUCGCCAGUGGCUUUUCUUUUCUUCAACGCAGACCUGGUGCAAAGACGGAUCAGUAACAAUGGCGGCUCCAUCGCCUUCGUGGACGAUUACUCUGCCUGGAAGACAUCCGUCAUCCACUUCACACGCAUCGCGGAGCGCGACAGCGACCUGCCUCUCAUCAUCAAAGGAAACGAUGUCAAGCCGAAGAGCAACGUGAAGCUGUUGGGAGUCAUCAUGGACAAGGCGCUUCGCUUCAAAGAGCACAUCGCCAGAGCAGCCGCCAAGGGGCUGGCCGCGGCCAUGUGCUUGAAACGACUGAAGAUGGCUUCGCCACGGAUGGCGAGGCAACUGGCCCAGCGAAUCGGAGCCCAGGCUGUCACGGGAGGCUUUCGCACAGUGGCAACGGCAGUGGCCGAGGCCGAGGCCGGCGUGCAAUCGUUCCGAGAACGGCAUGCUCAAGCGGCAGCGAAAUUCUGGAUAAGGAUGCGGACGCUCCCGAAGACGCAUCCUCUGACAUCGUUGAGGCUCAAGCUGAACAGGAGGUAUGCGUCGCCAAUGCAGAAGCUCGCCUCGGCGAUGGGAAGACUAGAUACCAAACGCCUGGAAGUCAUCCACGAGUUCGCACUGGCGCCGUGGGACGAACGAGUGCAGGCAACGUAUGAGGCAGACCGAGCGGAGGUGCUGAAGUCGGAUGACCCGGAGGACAUCACUAUCGCGACGUCCAGCUCGCAAAGGAAAGGCAAGGUCGGGUUGGGAGGCGUCGUUCGGGAUGCGUCCCGUGACAGCGCAGACGAGGUGCUGGCCAGCUACUCCGUCACCCUUGGCUCCAGUGAUGAGCAGAAUGCCUACACAGCAGGACUCGAGGCAAUCGCCAUGGCCCUGAGCAACCGCUCUGUCCUGCAAGUCAUCGGGCGACCGCGGCAGCAGUCUGGCGAAAAGAGCGACGCGAGAUGA